UUUGUCUCAUUUUACCGACCAGUUACCAACAACCCGGUUAACUCUUAUCCUCUUUACUGAUAUUGUGUACCCAGUCAGAGCAAAGCCUCUACUCGUCGCGUUAAUGGCGGACCCGACUGCUCCACCCAAUCCGACCCUCACCAAAGACGAUAAUUGUCUAAAAUAUACCUGCGAUGCUGGGUUUUUCUCUAACCCACACCCCUCCGACACUCCAAACCUCGACGAAGAAGAUUCCAACAGUCCACCCACUUUUGAUUCCGACGACUGCGACUCUGAUUGUGAUUCCACGCACUUCACUGAUCUCUCCGCCGGUCUUCGUGUCUUCUCUGAUUCGAUUCUUAGGAUGGAGCUGGCCGGGAUGGAGAUGGUCAAGGCAAUGGAAGCUUGCCGAUGUGAGGCGGAGAAACGGAGGGCGGAAUCCGAGGCCGAAUUGACUCGGAUGAUGUUGCGAACUCAGUCCCAGAUCGCUUUGUUUGUCGCCGGAGAUGCUGAUACCAGGAAAAGGAAGCGUGGAGCAGAAGACGAACCAAGGGAUUCCUCUGUUAGACAAGGAGCUUUGCUGCUGAGCUUGUUGCAGUGCAACUUAAUCUUCUGAAGUUUCACUAAAAUUAAUUGAAUAAUCUUUGGUUUAUUUAUCAAAAUUGAGGAUGAAAAUGAAGCUGGGAUUUUAUAUACUAUAUCUAUGUAAUGUACUGAUUAUUAUAUUAAAUGAAAAAUCUCUCUCUCUCCGCAAAAGUCCUUUGUCUCUCUACAAAUGUAAUCACCUAAAGUGCUGUAGAUUGCAAAGACAACAAAUCUAAUGGAGGUUUCUUCAUACGAGGGCUUGGGUUUUGGUUUCUCUGCUCUGCAACACUGAGUAGGGCCUGUCUUCGAUUAGUGGCACUUCUGAUGUAUUCCUCCAAAGGUGGGAGAGAUGGUUGUUCUUUGUUAUUUGUUGCUUGUCCUCGAAUAAGCUGUGAAAACCAUGAAUGAAUGCAAAUAGUAGAACAUGGUAUUUAUAGAUCAAAA